CCUAAACCUCCCCACUACUAGCCUAACCGGCUAACCCCUCUCUUGCCGCCGGCGAGUACCGGCCGGGUUCUCCUCGGUCCUCUUGCCUCCCGCUGCUACCUGCUCGUUCUGUGUAAGACCCUCCCUUCCAAGGAAGAGACGAAGAGUAAGGUCUAGAGGAUCAGGGUCUCAGGGAGGGGGAUGGGGGAGGAGGUGCAUCUGGGGUUGCCAGGGCCCUGGGCGGAGGACUACCGGGAGAAGGCCGACCACUACACCACCAAGAUCGGUGGAGUCCCUGAUUGGCCAACCGAGGAUUUAGGCAUUAAACCUCACUUGCUUGAAUGCAGUUUAUGUGGAAACAAGCUGUGCCUUGUUGCUCAGGUUUAUGCUCCUGUGGCGAAAUUAAACAUUGAGAACAGGACUAUCUAUGUGCUUGUUUGUCCGAAGCCAAAAUGUGGGUCGAACCCUCAAAGCUGGAAGGUCCUAAGAGUCCAAAAGUGCCAUAGCACUGAACAAACAGAUGGCAAAGUUGAUGAAACAGAUCAAAUAAAAGAAAACUUUUGCUCAAGUGAGCCUUCUUCUUCAAGUUCUCUAAACAAGAGUAAUGAAGCCAGUGAUGAUGAUUUCGAUCUAGAUGCCUUGGCCAAUGCACUCGAGCAAGCGGCAACAUUAGCAUCUAACUCAAAGAAGCAAAACAAAUCAAAGUGUAGUAAUGCCCCCAUAAAAUGCCCUACAGGAAAGGAGAAAGUAGAUGAUCCAGGCGUACCAGUUCUUCCUUGUUUCUACAUCUAUUAUGAUAAGGAAAAAUCCAGAGGCAAAUGCAUUCUAGGUUCAAAUAGCAGUGAAUCAGUUUUGGUAAAAGGACUUGCAGAUGUAGCAAAUGAUGAUGAAGAGAAAUGGGAAGGAGAAAAUUAUGAAUAUGAGAGAGCUAUUGGUGCUGACAGAACGUUCUUAAAAUUCAAGAAACGGUUGGAUGCAUAUCCACAGCAAUGCUUUAGGUAUUCUUGUGGUGGUAAGCCACUGUUGGCUGCAAUAAACCUUCAAGAUCCUGGCACAUGCCAGCUUUGUGGUUCACCACGCCAAUAUGAGCUGCAAUUCAUGUCUCCAUUAUCAUAUUUUCUCCAUGAAGCUGGUGAUGGUUCCUUGGAUUAUGCACCUGAUGGUUGGACCUGGCUGACUCUUAUCAUAUACACCUGUGCAAAGAGCUGCUGCCCAUCCUCCUGUGUUGGAAAGUCUAGGAGCUGCUGCUGGGGAGUAGCAGAGGAGGAGAUAAUGAUUCAGGAGGAUUAAGUCAAUUAGCGCUUACAACGUUGAGGAACCAAACCAACUCGUAGUUUGACUUUUCAAAUGCUCUUUUUUCUUAGUUGAAGUAGAAAAGCAAUCUGUAGUUCACAGGAUGCAAUACACUAUACGUUUUUGUGUUGACAUUCCCUGUUUUACAUUCCUUUAAUCUUGUAUUUCUGUUGUUGUCUGCAUUGUCAACUUCUAUAAGGAGCAUGUUAAGCACUUGGUCAUUUGUGGAUGCGAUCCUUGUAGCAUAGUGUUGCCUUUUCAGUCUCAGGGGGUGAUUGUAAAUAAUUUUAUAUACGUGUUCUUGGCGA